AUUUUAAAUGAAUAAAUUCAUAACAUAACCUGUAAGACAAUUUCUAGUUUUUGGUUCUUUUACUUUUCACGUACACGUUUUAGUGCCGAGUUUUUGGAGAAUUCAUUUUUUUUAAAUUGUAUUAUAAAGUAAGUAUAAUUAUAUUUUAUUAAAUUAAAUGUAUUCACGUUUUUGUUCUUUUUAAUUUUUAAGUGUUUUAGUGAUUUAUCACAUAGUUUAAAUAAUUUCGAGAUAUUCUAAACUUAAAACAUUUUGUUUUACUGGGUGCACACUAUUGAUAGUUUAGAAAUUAAAUAAUUUGUAAAAAUAACAAAACAUCCACCUAGUUUAAAUUAAAAUUACUAUAUUAUUAAUAACUUGAUUAAGUUAAAUUUUGUAUGGUUAAUUCAAUGCUCAACUAUGCAGUUGGUGGGGUUCAUAAUAUUAUUCUUACACUUUUCAAUUUAUUAUUAAUUAUAUUUAUUUUUUUUGCUGGCUUUUAAAUAUAUCCUAGAGUAUAAUUUAUUGGUACAUUAUCAGAAAUUGUGUUCUCAUUUCAAUGUUUUAAGUAACAACAUUAACUAAACAUACAUAGAUUUAUGAUGAAAUUUAAACGAUCCUAAGUUAAGUAGUAUUUAUAACAUGAAUGUGAUAAUGACAUUAAAUCAUUCCAGACUGAAUAUCGUGUUGAAGUUUUAUUCAGAUAUUAAGAACAAAAAUAAAAAACGUGUGCCCCAUUUCUGUAGUAAUAUAUAUAACUAAACAGAUUUCAAUCAAAUUAAAUUUGUUUUUUUAAAUUAAGAAUUUAUGUAGUUGAUAUUUAAUAAUAAUUUUAUUAUAUUUUCAGAUAAUACUUAAACAUGACUAACUCAAAAGGUUACAGGCAUGGUACUCGGGAUUUGUUCUCCCGAAAGUUCCGCAGACAUGGUAUCAUUCCUUUGUCUACGUACAUGAAAGUGUAUAAAGUUGGCGACAGAGUUGAUAUCAAGGUAUACCUAUACUAAAUUUUUUUUAAGUACUUUAUGAUAUCUAAGUACCUACAAUAAUUAUUAUUAUAUUCUGUUUACUAAAUUUCUAAUAUAUUUUUAGGGAAAUGGAGCAGUACAAAAGGGUAUGCCUUACAAAGUAUAUCACGGUAAAACUGGACGAGUAUUCAAUGUAUCCAAACACGCUCUUGGAGUAAUUGUUAACAAGCGGGUUCGCAACCGUAUUAUUGCAAAGAGGUAAAAUAAAAAAAAACUAUCUGGUUAUUUAUAAAGUUAUUAUUUAAAUAAUUUUAUUUAUUUAUUUAAAUUGACUUUUUUAAAUAAGUUUUUACUAUAACAAUAUAGUUAAUGAUUUUAUAUUGCCCCAGACUGAAUAUCUUGUUGAAGGUUUUAUCUGAAUGAUUGAAAUUUACUAAAGUUUAUUUCUUUCAAAUUAUUAAUGUGUUAAUGUAGAUAAUAUUUGUAUGAUGAUUUUAUACCGCCCCAGACUGAAUGUCAUGUUGAAGGUUUAAUCUGAUAUUGUAGUUUUAAAAUAAUAAUUAUUUCUUUCAAAUUAAUUAUAAAUGUACCUAUGUAGUUAAUAUUUUUAUGAUGAUUUUAUACCGCCCCAGACUGAAUAUCUUGUUGAAGGUUUUAUCUGAUAUAUUAUUUUAGUUUUAAAGUAACUAUUAUUUAUAAAUUUGGAAGUGUGUUAAAUACUUUUUAGUGUAUAUACAUAGUUAUGAUGAUUUUAUACCGCCCCAGGCUGAAUAUCAUGUUGAAGGUUUUAUCUGAAUGAUUGAAGUUCACUUAAAUUUAUUUCUUUUUUUCAAAUUAUUAAUGUGUUAAUGUAGAUAAUAUUUGUAUGAUGAUUUUAUACCGCCCCAGACUGAAUAUCUUGUUGAAGGUUUUAUCUGAUAUAUUAUUUUAGUUUUAAAAUAACUAUUAUUUAUAUAGUUGGAAGUGUGUUAAAUACUUUUUAGUGUAUUUACCUAAUUGUGAUGAUUUUAUACUGCCCCAGACUGAAUAUCAUGUUGAAAGUUUAAUCUGAAUAUUUGUUAGUCUACAUUUUCUUUUUUAUUAUAGAUUUACAACAUUUCUAGUAAUUAAUAUUAUGAUUAUGUUAUAUCAUCCCAGACUGAAUGUUAUGUUGAAGGUACAACUUGAUGUAUAAAAAAUGUUAAAUAAUAUAGUUUUGUUGUGUUGUUAUGUUAUAUUGUAGAUUAUACUGAAACAUGAAUAUAAUAUCAUCUGUUUACUUAAAUUGUAUUAAUAUUUUGUCGCAAAUAAUUUAAAUUUAGAAUUGAUAUAAUACUGUAUAUUUUUUUAAGUAAUUUUAGAACUAUAACUUAAUAAGUACAGUAAAUACCAUUUGAUGUAAUUAUCGUUUAACUGAAGAUUUAACUGUCUAAAUGCAGCUGAACUUCAUUUGAAUAAUUUUGUUAUUAAUUAAAUCCAUUUAUUGUAAAAUUGAAUCAUCAAAACUAUAAUGUUACUAAAUUUAUACUUUUUCUUUACUCUACAUUUUAUAUUUAAAUCAAUUAUACAAUUAUUUUAUUAUGAGUUGAAAAAAUGUAUGGUUUAUAAAAUAUAUGAAUUUUGGAUUUAUUUAUUUAAUAAAUAUAUUAUUUAUGUUUUGUUAAUAAUUACUAUUUCGGUACUUUCUUUUAGAAUAAACAUUCGUAUUGAACACGUCAACCCUUCGAAAUGUCGUGAUGAUUUUGUGAAACGUGUAAAAGAAAACGAAGCUAAAGUUAUUGAAGCAAAAAGGAAGGGAGUUCGAGUUUGCCUUAAACGGAAAGUAAGUUUAAAAUAAUUAUUUUAUUAUUUUAUGCUUAAAUAUUCAAUUGGUAUGAUAAAAUUUAAAACUCAUAAAAUACUAAAAAAAAAAUUGUACUUUUAUACAUUUUCCCAAUGCAAUUACUUUUUAAUAAUUAAUUAAAUGUAGUUUAAUGGUCACCCAAUACUAUUGUCCUGAGAUUUCUAAAAAAUUUCAAAAGUACAAGCAAUUAUUUAUAUUAAAUGCCUGAGCGAUCUGUUAUAAUCAAUCAUUCCCAUUUCUCAUUGAGGUUGUCGUUAAGUUAAACAAUUUUUUUAAAUAAUUUAAUAAAUGUUUGUUACUUGAUUAUUUGUGUAUAUUGCAUUUAGUAUUAUGAUUUUGUGGCCUGUCUAAAUAUAUAUUUUCUUGAACUAAUUCAAAAUAUAAACUUAAAACUUUUAUUAGUUUGUGUAUUAAUUUUAAAUGAUUAUUUUUUUUAGCCUCAAGGACCCCGCCCAGGACACAUAGUAAGAGGAACGGAUCCAAUUAACUUAGCUCCUCUACCUUAUGAAUUCAUUGCUUAAUUUGCUGGUGUUUAUUAAAAUAUAUACAUGUACAAUUACUUUAAACCCAUUUACAGUGUUUACUUUUUUUAAUAAUUCUAUAAAAUCCUGGAUUGACAUUUCCUCUGUACAAAUGCUCUAAAUCUUUCAAAAGGUUAUUACAUGACAUUGACAGCCUUAUUCAACAUUUAUAUUCACAGCUAGUUAAAAAUUUUCCUUCUCAAACUGAGGAAUUUUGCUUAUUCCG